GAAUUUGCUCUUCUAGCUGAUACCGAAGAGUCUGACGACCAAACAUGGGAUAGCGAUUUUACUCCUGCAGAUUACUGGAAGUGUGUGAAAUGUAACAAUAAACAAAACAAUCCUAUGUACCGUUACUGCGAGAGGUGUUAUCAGGUAUGUGGAACAAGUCAAGUCGAGUCAUGUUGUUGAAUAUUUGUAAAUCAUAUUAAGUUUUUAUAAGACGUUUAGCACAAAACCAUUUAAAUGAAGGCAGGCUGACUGAGCGAUAAUAGUUGGAAACAUAUACACGCGUUUCGUACUAGGAUCGCACACCAAUCGUAAAUUGAGGAAUCUUUUACAAUCAGUUAAAAGUGUAUUUUUAUUUGUUAAUUCCGAUGUAUGGAAGAUGUACCUAUUGCUUAUCUUAUCCAUGAAAUUUGAACCACUCCUGCCUUCUAUGGUUCGAAGUAGAAUCAGCAAUUUUAAAAAGUAAUCACUGAAUGUAGCUCUAACUUUGACUAACCUUUCCAAUUUAGUACCUACUUGAAAUAAAAGAAAUACACAUGUGUAAAUUAAUAAUUUUAUAGUAUGCAAUUUUGAGAUAUCUCAAUUACAUAGUGAUAGAAUGUUUGCAAUAUCUCUAUCUUUCGUCGAGGAAGAAAGAGAAAAACCAUUGAGAGAGUAUAUAUGUCAGUGUUUUUUAUAAUGUAAACGAUAUAGCCGUAAGUAAUUCAUACGAAAAAUAUUUUUAAAAAAGAAGAUCAUUGAUCAUGAAACAAAAAUAAGCUUCAAAAAAUCAAAAAAACAAGUUUCGAUAAAAAAAAUAAACCACAAGCUUCGAUAGAAAAAAGGUUCGACAAAAAACAAUUUUAAAAACAAUUAAAAAAAAUAAUCAAACACAAUUUAAUUCAAAUUGCACAAUAUUCGGAAACAAUUUAAGAUAGAUGAGUACUCAGAAGGAGGGCAAAAAUAAAAAAAAAACCUUUUCUGAUUUGUUCUGAACAAUCGAUUCACGGAUUAGUUGUCGAGAUGGAGAAUAAAAUUAAGCGUAUUCAACGUUUAAGGAGCCUACUCUCAUUGACAAUGGAAAAAACUGGAUACUGGACAAAAUGGCAUACUACAUAUAGCCCCUACAUCACGUCUCCUGGAUUUCUUCACACGUGCUGUGAUCGAAAAGGUGAUUGUUAAAGGUGCCCGAAAGAUGAUGGCAAAUGUGGUUGGAAACCAUUAGGAACAAAAUGUGAAACAGAACACACAGUAGGAGUAUACUCACUUUGGAUCUCAACUACAACAAUCGGGAACGGUAAUAGAUCCAUCAUGGUUGUCAUACUCACCAAGGAUUAUUGAUCCGCCAAAAGAACGCGUAGGGUUCGAGCACUAAAGGCUCGUUCUGUAUAAGUCGCAUGAAAGCAUGAAAUGAUGAUAAAAGUGGCAAAACUAAAUCAUCUGAUCCGAAAGUUUUUACACCAGAACAAGAUAACAAUAAUUAGUCCGACAUUUGGAAAAUUCCUUGUGUACAUUGACAAUUCGCUAACAUUUGUCUGAAUAAUAAGUGGAUCAUUCAACAUAAACAUUCAAUUCAUGGAUAAAAAGAUAUGGACGAUAAUGAUUUAAGCCAUGUGUAUGGACCAAUCAACCCUAAUCAAUCACGAUGACGAAGAUCUACAAAUAUCACAAUAUAUGAUGAUAAUUUCAACACUGCAAAGGUACGUAAAAGUUUGUUUCCUCCACGUCCAAAACAGAAAAAAAAAUUACGAUUUGAUGUGGCGAAAAAGGAUGGUGAUUUAUCAGAUAGCAGUUCGUCAUCAACAUCAAGUAUAAUAACAAAAAGUACAAACAUCUGGAAGUGCCUCUGAAUCAGACUUUAUGUUUGAUGAAACGGGUAGGGAUCGUAAUCAAUUCGUAAAAUCCAAAAACCAAGUAUUUCAGCGACACACAUUCUCAAAGUGCAGUGCAAAACUUGAGAGAGGAGUCUCGAGGUCAUGUAAGAAAAAUGUUUUUCUGAAAAAUAAUAAAAGAAAAUUUCAAGAUAACACGCAAUCGUUCUGCGGAAAAAAGAGACGUGAUGAAGUUGGUGCGAAUGAUGCAUCCAAUUGUACCUCCGUUCAAAUGACAGUUUUCAAAGAUUCGGGAUUCAGUUCAUCAUCAAGCCAAGAAAUAGUUCCCCUUGAGGAAAAACAAACUCUUUUCGAGGAAAAUUCUAGCCACGAUGUAUGUAGAAUAUCUAAAAUCAUACAAACGCCCUCUAGACAGAAUCAUACGCUUUUGAAGCAAAGUCUUUCAUAUACAACUUUGUCACAAGUAUCCAGCGUCUCCACGAAUUCGGUUUCGAGUAGCUACAAAGAAGAUGACACUAAUAAUGAAGAUAAAUCGGAUGUUUUUUGUGAAUCACAAUCGCCCAACUUCAACCUGGUUGACUCCAAUUCAGGGGGCAGUUUAGGUGAUUGUAUGUUUUGUUUAUCCGAACCUAAGAAUAGUGUAUUUGUUCACAGUAAUUUUGUACAUUUGUGUUGUUGUUACAAAUGUGCUGUUAAAAUAUGGAAACAAAGGAAAGCUUGUCCCAUUUGUAACUGUAAGGUCAAAAAUGUAAUGAAAUUAUUUGUUCACUGAACUUUUAAAGCUUUCAGUUCUCCUAUAAUUUCUAUAUCUUCACCUUCUUUACUAUUCAAAUUGUUAUAAGUAAAAAAACUAGAGGGAAUUUCGUAUAGUUGUUUCAGUAUGAAUCAUUUAACUUGGUCCGCCUCAAAAAAAAAUAGCAACUGGAGGUUUGUGUGAAUAUAACGAGUAACGCUGACGGGUUGGCAAUAUGCUUGUGUGCCAACCCCUAUACCAUCACAAGAGAUGGUUGUUAACUGUUAAAGUAAAUAUAAUAAAAAAGGCUGAAGAAUUUUGUCAUUUUCCGUUGGUACCAAAAGUAAUGAAAAUUAUUAAUUAUAGCAAAGCCCAAUAAUUGCAUUGAGAAUUUCAUAUGCAAAAAUAACGUGGCAUUAUUUCUUUGCAAGUGCAUUUCAAGACGCAUUUGAAAAUUAUCGAUUCCUAUGGAAAUAUAUGAGAGACAUAAUAUAUAUGUGUAUAUAUAAUUAUGAGAAUUACAUUUGUGCAAUAUGCAUGCGUUGAAUUUUUAUAACGUUUUCAAAAGUAUGGAGCUACGAACGAAGUUUGCCGAAUAAAAAGUGAAAGUUUUCAGUAAAAAAAAUAUGAGUUUGAUGUAUAAUCCGAAAUCUGGUUCCAUUGAUUAGUGCUCAAAUUAUUGCCAUUCCUAAAUCUUGCUUUUGAUAUAUUUUACACCAUGUCUCAUAGUUUUAUAUCAUAACCAUUAUACAGCAAUUCCAAAUUAUAUCGACAAAUGACAAAACAUGAGUAUUUUUGAUUCGAAUGUAAGUUUGUAUUCCGUUGAGCAAUUGGGAUUUUUUUGACUCAAGUGUAACUUUUGAAGAGGGCGUGUGGAUUUUAGUAAGAUAAAUUUGUGAUAAUUUAUAUCUCAAGAACUAUGAGUUGUAUCGAUAUACUGUCUUAGAAGGAGUUAUAGAGUACUAGCUGUACCCUGCCACGCUUUGCUGUGGCACAUUGUGCUUGCAUGGUUGAGUUCAUUUCAUUUUCAUUUUUUCAUUCAAAGGCUGAAGAAUUUUGUCAUUUUCGGUUGGUACCAAAAGUAAUGAAAAUUAUUAAUUAUAGCAAAGCCCAAUAAUUGCAUUGAGAAUUUCAUAUGCAAAAAUAACGUGACAUUAUUUCUUUGCAAGUGCAUUUCAAGACGCAUUUGAAAAUUAUCGAUUCCUAUGGAAAUAUAUGAGAGACAUAAUAUAUAUGUGUAUAUAUAAUUAUGAGAAUUACAUUUGUGCAAUAUGCAUGCGUUGAAUUUUUAUAACGUUUUCAAAAGUAUGGAGCUACGAACGAAGUUUGCCGAAUAAAAAGUGAAAGUUUUCAGUAAAAAAAAUAUGAGUUUGAUGUAUAAUCCGAAAUCUGGUUCCAUUGAUUAGUGCUCAAAUUAUUGCCAUUCCUAAAUCUUGCUUUUGAUAUAUUUUACACCAUGUCUCAUAGUUUUAUAUCAUAACCAUUAUACAGCAAUUCCAAAUUAUAUCGACAAAUGACAAAACAUGAGUAUUUUUGAUUCGAAUGUAAGUUUGUAUUCCGUUGAGCAAUUGGGAUUUUUUUGACUCAAGUGUAACUUUUGAAGAGGGCGUGUGGAUUUUAGUAAGA